AUGCAUCUGUCGUUCGUUGACUGCUGUCAGCAGCGCCCGGAAUUGCAUUGCCUAGCGCCGCGCAUCGACGCCGUCAUUUUGAGACACUUCACCCUUGAACAACACGAAAAGCAGCUGAGGAACGAAAAGGAGCAGCUUUUGCGAAGGUGCAACGAGUUGAGGAGUCGCGUCGAGUCGCUUUCGGCUGAAAAUCUGAUCCCGAAGUCGGUCCUUCAAGCUAUGAAGCAGGAGCCAGCUUUCUUCAACGCAGCGGUGAUGAACGGGGAGAGCAGUUCGCCGGUCGAUGCACUCACUCCCGAUGCGUAUUCCGACGACGGAGCGUCCCCUGAAAGCGUAUGUCGCAGAAAACGCUCUGUGUCACAGUGUUCGAUGAGCACCGUGUCUGCCACCGAAUUCGAAGACAGCUUGGAGGACGUGUCGAUGUGCGAUGGAGAUUGUAACUCACCGACGGACCGUUCGGUUGAGUCGUCUCCUCGGGCAACCGUAAUUCGACCCGAGACAAUUCGUCAGAGCGUUGCAGUGACCACCGGAGCUUGUGGUGUCACCGACUGUCUGCAUCAUCUGAAGGCGGCGUCUUCGAUCGUCUCGGUGGUUGACUCCGCGCCGGUGAUGGUGUCGUCGCCGACAGCCAAGAGGCAGGUCGCUGCCGUGGCUGGCCCCGUCUCCUCGCCCCCGAAUACAUGUCAAUCAACUACGACUACUGCCCCGGUCAUUGACAAGAAUUUGCUGUAUCCUCAUCAUCCUCACCACCACCUCCAGCAGCAGCAGCACGAUCAGCGGUCAAGUUCGGCGUACCCCCCGCUCACGCAGAAGCAUUGCUCGUCGAUCGACUCUAUGCGUAGCGGUUCAGCUUUAAAUGCCUUCACCGGUGGCCAUGGCGAUCCGGCAUUCGGCCUGCACCACGGCGUCUUCGCGCAUUCCGUCGCCACCCCGAUGCCCCUCGCCACUCCGGCCUACCUCUCCGGGCCGUUCUGA